AUGGCUUCGCAAGCAGAUUACAAGGAUCGCCAGUUCCUGGCUGUUAUUGGCGAUGAAGACUCCGUAACUGGUCUUCUUCUUGCAGGAAUCGGCCAUGUAACCACAGGUGCCGAUGCCCAGAAGAACUUCCUUGUUGUUGACGGCAAGACCGACACAUCUGCCAUCGAGGCUGCAUUCGACCGAUUUACUGAGGACCGCAAGGACAUUGGCAUCGUGCUCAUUAACCAACACAUCGCGGAGCGAAUCCGACACCGUAUCGAUACCUACACCGCGGCUUUCCCUGCUGUCCUAGAGAUUCCAAGCAAAGAUCACCCCUAUGACCCUGAGAAGGAUAGUGUGUUGAGACGAGUGCGACGCCUGUUUGGAGAGUAA